CCAUCCGUACUACAUGAUGCGGAUGAUCGAUUCUGAUCGUUAAAUCAAUACGUUAUUUUACGAUAUAAAUUUAAAAACGAUACUAGUUAAACUGUGAGAUUUAUCAUAAAACAAAAUUCAAGAAAAAAACAUUUAUUAAUUCAUAAGUAAAAUUCAACAAAUAAAAUCAACCUUCAUGGAUUUUUUGCAAGAAAUUCAAUAUAAAUGGACAGAGAAGCUUGAUAAACGAGUAGCCGAUUUUCCUUUAGUCGAGUCUUUUUAUUACGUGCCACUUAUAAUAUUCGCGUAUCUAUAUUUUGUACUCAGGUGUGGGCCACGAUUUAUGAAGGACAGACAACCAUAUUCAUUGAAAACGUUUAUGAAGUUAUAUAAUAUCAUUCAAAUUAUCGCAAACGCUUGGUUGGUUUAUGAUCACAUCGAUGCCGGUUUGUUCACGAACUCAAAAUUAAUAUUCUAUAACGGGAACAUAAUGGAUUACUCCUACAAUUAUACUCCAUUAAGGUUAUGUAGAUGUGUAUGGUUUUAUUUUAUGUUGAAAAUCUUGGAUUAUGUCGAAACAUGUGUGUUCAUAUUAAGGAAGAAAAAUAAGCAAGUGUCUGGUUUGCAUUUAUAUCAUCAUGUAUCCACCUUGCUUAUUACAUGGUUAGGCUUAAGAUAUUUUGCUGUUGGUCCCGCCGUAAUAAAUAGCCUCGUCAACAGUUUCAUACAUACGAUAAUGUACACUUACUACUUCCUAGCAACUUGGGGACCGGAAGUUCAAGAAGCUAUAGCACCUAUGAAACAAUGGAUAACUAAAGCACAAAUGGUCCAAUUCGUCAUAUUAAUACUGUAUGUUUCGCAGAACUUUUUGCCAAAUUGCAAGGUCAUCGACCAUUGGAUUGUCAUACUAUUCAUCGGAAAUUUAUUGUUUAAUUUCUAUAUGUUUUAUGAUUUCUAUCAAAAGGCAUACAAUAAACCUAAAAGAAAGACCAAAUAGAUUGUAAAAUAUAUGUAAUAUAUGUAAAAAUUCAAAUAAUAUUGUAAUAUAUUCAAAAAUUGUUUUUAUACAGCCAAAUGUUCAUAUUAUAAACUCAUAGGAAUCAAAAAACAUUCUAUUUUUCGCUCGCUUUAUUACUUUAAUGUCAUAUGCUAAAUGUAAAUAAUGGGAGAAGCAACAUAGAAAAGUCCUUCAUUCUAUCAUUAUUACAUUUAGUUAAUUUAGAAUCUGAACAAAUUUAUAAUAUGAA